CCCUGAAGGUCCCUACCUCGCCUCCUCCCAGCCCUCCCCACUCAUCUCCGCCAUCCCUAUACCCAUCUCCUCUCCGCGUGACCCAGAUGAGGAACCAUCGAUGAUGGCGUACGGGAAGCACGCAUGGAGGGCGCUGCCGAGGCGACGGCGCCGGGGACGGAAGCUACCUCUACCGACAACAGCACGAAUCAUCAAGGGCCGUGGCGCUGCCAUCCCAGUUGUCGGCGUCCUCUUCUGCGCCCUGGCCACAGAGGAGGACUGCCACAACUGUUGUGGAUCCUCAUCGUUCGUGUUGUGCAAGGACGGGGGUCGUCCUCGUUGUGCGAGGGCAGCACAUCGGGAGCUGCAACAACUAGGUUGCCGCACUCCUUGUCGACGCCCUUCUGAGCCUGUUGAACGCCGCGGUCAACGACUACGUGGGAAGAGCUGCGACAUGCUGCUUCACCUUCAAUGGCUUUUCGCGCCGGUCAAAAGACUGCAGGCAUGCAGAAUACAUCUCUGAAGGACCUAGCCAUGACUAUUACUGUGCAUGUGUGAACUCCUAUGAUAUGGGAAUUUGGAAGCCAGGAAACAUGGGCACUAUUUCAGCUAGAUUUUGUUGUAGUAGAUUGCCAGGUUAGGCUGAACAAAGGGCAAUAUAGUGUUUUGCCUUCUAUCAAAAGUUGGUGAUCUGAAAUACUGAACAGAAAACUAUUAUGUA